AUGGCGCCAGUCGACCUCGCGCAGCUCACAGUGCAGCUGCGCGCCCAGCUCAAGUCGUACCUCGCGCACAGCGCGGCCAUCGCAAGUGCUCUCGAGGACGCCAACUCGAUGCAGACGGACGUCGAGUCGGGCGUCCAGCCGCUCGAAGCGUGCCACGAGAAGCUUUCGUCGACGUACGAGCUCAUUCUCGAGCAGUCAGAGGCCGAGUUUCACGAGCUAGACGACUGUUUGAACUUGCUCGAGACGCUCGAGACGGCACAGAACGGCGCAGCAGCCGAAGCAGCCAAAGCUCGCGCUCCACCACCCAACAAGAAGCGCAAGACGGACGGCUCGUCUCGCGCAGGCUCUCCCGCAUCGUCCGCCGCCGCUUCUCCGAUGCCAACCUUUGCCGGCUCUCCUCCGAACCCUUCCACACCCCUUCCUCGACCAGUCGCCGCCGCAAAAGCACAACCUGUCUUGCCUUCCAAGUCGCCGGCGCAACAUCCCCUUCCUAUCGCUCCCGCACCGAAUCCGAAGAAGCCGACACCCAAGAACCGAAGAGACUCGCUCAACGCGCAGCUCCCGCUCAAGCCGGGCAGGCCCAUCGCGGUCAAGGAGUCGAAGAAAAACUCGACGACUGGCCAGCAACCCGACAACUACAUCCUUGGGCGGAUUGUUCAACAGUUGCAAGGCGACAAGAACAGAUACUCGGUUGAAGACGUCGACUACGACCCGUCGAACCCGACGCCGGAAGGAGGGAAAUGGAACACGACGCUCAAGUCGAUCAUCCCCUUACCCGAGAAAGGCGACGAGCGGACCUACCCCGACUACGACUUUACGCCGGGCAUGUACGUCUUGGCGUGCUAUCCCGAGACAACCUCUUUCUACCGCGCCAUCGUUCACUCCGGCCCUCACGCGACAUCGCUCGGUACCGGCAAGAAAAAGGAGACGCAGAAGAUCUACCGCCUCCAAUUCGACGACGACGAGGGCGCCCUCCGCGACGUCCCUAUUGAGCUCGUCUGCGAUCCGACGCCUCUGUAG